UCACCUACUUGGUUAUAACAAGCUGCUAGUGCUGGUGCAACUAGGUUAAGCAAUGGCAACACUGGAUGCAGUUGACUUUUUGAGCGCAAAUUCAGAUCUCAGCGUUAUGGAGCUCACCAAAAAGCCACUUACAACAAUCCCUCAGAACUAUAUUUGUCCAGAUCAAGAGCCAGUACUACUUGGUCUCUCUGAUCAUGACUGCAAUACUACUUUGCCUACGCUUCCAACAAUCGACAUGGAAAAAUUGAUCAUCGGGGAGACCACUGACAUAGAACUAGACAAGUUGCAUUCUGUUUGCAAAGCUUGGGGCCUUUUUCAGUUGGUGAAUCAUGGAGUAAGUUCUUCACUACUAAACAAGCUGAACAAGGAGAUUGAAGAAUUCUUCAAGCUUCCCUUGGAAGAGAAAAUGAAAUACAAGAUAAGGCCAGGUGAUGUUGAAGGCUAUGGAACAGUCGUCCGACCCAAAGCUCAAAACCUUGAUUGGGGUGAUAGGUUCUACAUGACAAUCAACCCUAUUCACAAAAGAAAGCCAUAUUUAUUCCCAGAGCUACCUUCAUCCUUCAGAAACACCUUAGAGUCAUAUUUCUCAGAGCUGCAGAACCUUGCCAUGAUACUUAUGGAGUUGAUGGGAAAAGCUCUGAAGAUAGACAAGAGAGAGAUGGAGGAGUUAUUUGAAGAUGGGAUGAGAUCAGUGAGGAUGACAUGCUAUCCACCAUGCCCACAACCAGAGCUUGUUGUUGGCUUUCCUCCUCACUCUGACGCUACUGGUAUCACCAUCCUUCAUCAAGUCAAUGGAGUUGAGGGUCUCCAGAUUAAGAAAGAUGGGGUUUGGAUUCCUGUGAACUUCCUUCCACAUGCCUUUGUUGUCAACGUAGGAGACAUCAUGGAGAUCUUGAGCAAUGGAGCCUAUACCAGCGCUGAGCACAGGGUAGCAGUCAAUUUAGAGAAAGAAAGGAUGUCGAUCGCUGUGUUCUUCAACCCCAAAUCCGAGGCAGAGAUUGAGCCUUUGAAAAGUCUGUUGAACACUACAAAAAGCCCACCUUUAUUUAGAAGGGUUUCCAUUGAAGAUUUUCACAAAGAUUUCUUCUCCCGUGAUUUCAAAGGAAAGACAAAUUUGGAUUAUUUAAGGAUUAAAACUGGGGAAGGUAAUACUCAUGAUUAAAUGAGAACUAUCACUGCAUGCGCGUGUCAUGUAGCUAUAUAUAUAUAUAUAUAUAUGUAUAUAUAAAUGCACCCAUAAAUUACCAUAUUGUCAAUGCCCAAAAUUGAUAGUUUACACACCCUAAACUAUUGAAUUGUUAGCAAUUUGCAUCCCAGUUAAUUAAGAAUCCGUGAAAAACAAGGCUCGAACGUGACAUGAUUAAUUUUAAUGGUCAUAAUUUUAACUAAGGGUGCAAAUUGCUAAAACUUGAUAGUUUAAGGUAUGCAUAAAUUACCAAUUUUGAUAUAUAGUUUAUAGUAUAAAUAAUAAAAAAGAAAUAUGGCAAUUCAUGGGUAGUCAAUGUGGUGUGUCAAAUAAUUAGAAGUAGUAGUACUACUACUACUCUUAUGUCUAUGAUCAAGUAGUGGUCAAAGGGGAAGACACUGUAAUAUUAUUAAAUAUUCCUGUCGUCUUUGCCACAGUUGUAACAUUAUAUAUAGGCUCGAUCCAGCUUGGUUAAGUAUGAAUGAACUGUGUUCUGUACAAAGCUUUUAUAAAGUGGAAAAUUAAUUAGCAGGGUUA